UUGUUACACAGAUCUCACUCUAGACCAGAUACAUACAUACAUACAAGUCUUUAAAUAUUUGAACAAUUGGACACCAAAUUGGCCCGAAUGUAUUUAAAAUAUUACCUCUUGUCUGCAUUCCUGACGAUAUCAAUCUUCUCCAGGUGCAAAGGUCAAGAUGAUGAUGACGACAAUGCCGUCACGACCAGACCACUCGUGACUUUGCCGACCCUGGCGACCACGGAGGACCCCGUGCAAACAGCCCUCAUACUGAACCGACUCGGUGAAGCGGUCGAACUAGUGGAUGGCUUUAUCACGGGGAUAUUUUGCAUUCCAUUUGUCGCCAUUGGAAUACAAAAUUGUGGAAACCGUGGUGGUGGGAAUAUGCAAACGAUAAGCGAUACUAUGCAGCCACAGGGAAAUUUAAAUAUUUCGAAAACUUGAAUAUUCAAAUGGUGAUUGUUAAUUUUAUGAGAAUAUAUAAGUAAAUAAAUAAGUGAAAAUAAAUGGGCACUCGAGAUUGGCUUACGAGUCUGGAUUGAUUAGCUUGCAAAUGUUUUGUGGUAAAUGCUUCCAUUUAUCCUAUAGUAAUUGACUUGUAAAUUUGUAACAUUAUUUCUGGAACCUGUUGAAUCGAUGGGAAAAUUUUGGAUCGCUUUGAAAUGUGCGAAUUAUUUACUAAUUUUCGAAUAUAUUAUGAGAACCUUG